GCAAACAAUUUCUUUCGAAAUUUUCAAAUAGAAAGCAAUUCAACAACCGAAAUCAAAAACCAAACCCACUUACCUUCACCGCCUGUCACCUCGAUCACCAACAAUAACAACAACAACAGCAACUAAUCAACCGUUUGGAGGAGGAGUGUAUGAGUGAGUGAGUGAGUGAGUGUGAGAGGGACCUCUCCUCCGCCAUUUUUUGUCAAUUCUUCAAGCAAACUCUUCUAUUCUCUCUCUUUCGCAGAUCUCUUUUUCUUUGUGCUUGUUGUUUGGUCUUCUUACUAGUAAUAUUUAUGACCAUGUCCUUUGGAUCACUACUCUCUGUCUAUCUCGCUUGACCUCUCAAUCUCUCUGUUUUCUGGAUCGGAAUUCGGAGAUAUGGUGAUAUCGGGUCCAAUUACGCCUGGACAGGUGUCUUUUUUGCUUGGAAUUAUUCCAGUUUUUGUUGCAUGGAUAUACACAGAGUUUUUAUACUACAAGAAAUCCUUAUUGCCUUCUAAAGUCCAUUCAGACAAUAAUCUGGUUGAGUUGGAAAAGGAGACAAUCAAGGAAGAUGAUCGGGCUGUUUUACUUGAAGGAGGCCUCACAAAAACAACAUCUGCAAAAUUUCAUAGCUCAUCCAUCAAAAUGAACUUAAUCAGGUUUAUGACUAUGGAAGACUCUUUCUUGCUAGAAAACCGAGCAACUUUAAAAGCAAUGUCUGAGCUUGGGGCAAUUCUCAUAUAUUUCUACAUAUCUGACCGCACAAACUUGUUAGGAGACUCCAACAAGAACUACAAUCGGGACCUUUUCCUCUUUCUCUAUGUUCUUCUCAUUAUAGUGUCAGCGAUGACUUCAUUGAAGAAACAUACUGAUAAAUCAGCAUUCAGUGGAAAAUCCAUUAAUUACCUUAACCGGCAUCAAACUGAGGAGUGGAAAGGAUGGAUGCAGGUCCUAUUCUUAAUGUACCACUACUUUGCUGCAACAGAGAUAUACAAUGCAAUACGUGUCUUUAUAGCUGCAUAUGUUUGGAUGACUGGCUUUGGCAAUUUCUCUUAUUAUUAUGUUAGGAAGGACUUUAGCCUUGCACGUUUCACUCAGAUGAUGUGGCGGCUCAAUUUCUUCGUGGCAUUUUGUUGUAUCGUCCUUAAUAAUGAUUAUAUGCUGUACUACAUCUGCCCAAUGCACACGCUUUUCACUUUAAUGGUGUAUGGGGCCCUUGGUAUAUUUAACAAGUAUAAUGAAAAUAGCUCAGUGAUGGCUGUGAAGAUUCUUUCUUGCUUUCUUGUGGUUAUCUUGAUUUGGGAAAUACCUGGAGUGUUUGACAUUAUCUGGAGCCCUUUUCGAUUCUUAUUAGGGUAUACUGAUCCUGCAAAGCCAGAUCUUCCUCGAAUGCAUGAGUGGCAUUUCAGAUCUGGACUUGAUCGCUAUAUUUGGAUCAUUGGAAUGAUUUAUGCAUAUUACCACCCCACUGUGGAGAAAUGGAUGGAGAAAUUGGAGGAAUCAGAAACCAAGAGGAAACUCUCGGUAAAAGCAGGAAUUGUUUCAGUUGCUUCAUUGGUUGGUUAUUUGUGGUUUGAAUAUAUUUACAAGCUGGACAAGGUUACAUAUAACAAAUACCAUCCCUACACAUCGUGGAUCCCUAUCACCGUUUACAUUUGCUUGCGGAAUUUCACUCAUCAGCUUCGGAGUUUCUCUUUGACUCUCUUUGCUUGGCUCGGCAAGAUAACUUUGGAGACAUAUAUUUCUCAGUUCCACAUCUGGCUGAGAUCGAAUGUGCCAAAUGGACAGCCUAAGUGGCUUCUUUCUAUUAUACCAGAAUAUCCCUUGCUGAAUUUCAUGCUCACAACUGCCAUCUAUGUCUUAGUAUCUCUUCGGCUUUUUGAAUUAACCAAUACACUCAAGUCAGUUUUUAUACCCACAAGAGAUAAUCGGCGGCUUUUCCAUAAUUUUGUUGCUGGGGCUUCCAUUUCUCUAUUUAUAUAUUGUGUCUCACUCAUUCUUCUUCAGAUCCCUCAUUCUUCUGCCUGAUAAAUGAAGAUUAGAAAGAGAAUAUGCAUAGAGGUUUUUCAGUUGAACAUACAAAGAAAUACAGAUGAAGUGAAAUAAGCGAACAUAGAAAUGUUGCUUGGAGAUCUAGCUGAAGAUGAUGAGUGUUUUCAACAAACUUAAGGGCGAAAAUGCUCUCCGAUGCCAGCCCGGUCUGAAGCUAGAUGCUGGAUUUGCCUUUGAAGAUUGGGCAGCAGGCAAAUGACAGGAAAGGGAUUCUUUUUGUAAUAUUACAUAUCAAUAUAUAUUCUUUUGUUUUUCUAUUUUUUUUUUUCCUUUUCAUAUUUUAUGCCAUUGAUGAAGAAAGUAGGUUAUUAUAACCUAAAUUUGUUGUUUGUUAUCCAUCGAAUCCAAGAUUCAAUAGUAAUGCAAUUUUAUUGUGAAUAUGUA